AUGGGAUCACAAAGUGGCUUCUUGCGUUCAAAGUUACAAGCUUUGUCGUCGAAGAUUAAGCAAGCUUCCGUUAAUGGAAAAUGGCGGGAAGUGGUCUCUGGGUAUUCAGAGAUACAAAGAGCUGGAAUUCAACUUGACGAUCCUUUCGUUUUCCCCAUAGUUUUCAAAGCUUGUGCUAAGCUCUCAUGGCUGUUCCAUGGUAGAUGUAUCCAUGCGAGUCUAAUCAAGAGAGGAUUUGAUUCUUUUGUUUCUGUAGGGAACUCGAGUUCUGAUUUCUACAUGAAAUGCGGAGACUUUUGUUCAGCGAUGCGAGAAUUUGAUUGUAUGACUUCGAGAGAUUCGGUGUCUUGGAACUUAAUCGUUUUCGGUCUUCUCGAUAAUGGUUUCGAAGAAGAAGGGUUAUGGUGGUUUUCGAAGUCGAGAGUUUUGGGUUUUGAGCCUAAUGUUUCGACAUUGGUUCUUGUGAUUCGUAGUUUACGAUCGUGCCUCGAUGGAGAGAAGAUUCAUAGCUAUGUGAUUCGUAGUGGGUUUUGCGGGAUUUCGUCUGUUCAAAAUUCGAUCUUGUGUAUGUAUGCAGAGUGUGAUACGUCGAGUGUACGCAGACUGUUCGACGAAAUGUCUGAGAGAGAUGUUAUUUCAUGGAGUGUGGUAAUUCGUAGUUAUGUGCAAAGGAAGGAACCUGUUCUUGGAUUGAAGUUGUUCCGUGAGAUGGUUCAUGAGGCGGAAACAGAGCCUGAUUGUAUAACUGUGACAAGUGUUCUCAAGGCCUGUGCGGUUCUGGAGGAUAUCGAUGUGGGAAGAUCAGUUCAUGGAUUAUCUAUACGUAAAGGCUUUGAUUUUGCAGAUGUGUUUGUGCGUAAUUCACUCAUCGAUAUGUAUUCCAAAGGAUUUGAUGUUGAUUCAGCAUUUAGAGUAUUUGAUGAGACUACUUGUCGAAACAUUGUUUCAUGGAAUUCGAUUUUGGCUGGGUUUGUACAUAACCAAAGGUACGAAGAGGCUCUUAAGAUGUUUCAUUUGAUGGGAAAAGAGGCGAUUGAAGCGGAUCAAGUUACUCUCGUGUCUCUUCUCCAGGUUUGCAAGUUCUUUGAGCAGCCAUAUCCCUGUAAAUCAAUACAUUGCGUGGUAAUCCGGCAUGGAUAUGAGUCGAACGAAGUUGCUUUGAGCUCUUUGAUUGAUGCAUAUACAAGCUGCAAUCUUGUUGAUGAUGCAAGAACCGUGCUUGAUUCGAUGGUGUACAAGGAUGUAGUGUCAUGUAGCACAAUGAUCUCUGGAUUAGCCCGUUCUGGGAGACCCGAUGAAGCAAUCUCAGUCUUCUGUCAGAUGAAGGAUAAGCCCAAUGAGAUCACCGUCAUAAAUCUUCUUGACGCAUGUUCGCUUACAGCAGACUUGAGAAAAUCCAAAUGGGCACAUGGAGUUGCUCUCCGGAGAGGCUUAGCCACAACUGACAUCUCAGUUGAUACCUCUAUAGUUGACGCAUACGCAAAAUGUGGUACCAUAGAAAUCGCGAGAAGGACAUUCGAUCAAAUUCCUACGAAAAACGUUGUCUCCUGGACAGUGAUCAUAUCAGCAUACGCCAUUAACGGUUUACCGGAUAAAGCAUUAGUAUCAUUUGAAGAAAUGAAACGAGAAGGUCACACACCAAACGCUGUGACGUAUUUAGCAGUUUUAUCAGCUUGUAAUCACGGCGGAUUGAUCGCGCAAGGUCUCAUGAUCUUCAAAUCAAUGUUUGAAGAUCACAACAAACCUUCGUUGCAACAUUACUCUUGCAUUGUUGACAUGCUUAGCCGAGCUGGAGAGAUUGAUACAGCGAUGGAACUAAUCAAGAACCUUCCAGAAGACGUAAAACCCGGGGCUAGUGCUUGGGGAUCAGUUCUUAGCGGUUGCAGAAACCGUUCAAAAAAUGGGAUCAUUCCCUCAGAGGCAAUAGCUGAGGUUCUUGAGCUUGAGCCCUUGUGUUCUUCAGGGUAUGUACUCGCGUCAAGCGUGUUCGCUGCUGAGAAAUCGUGGGACAAUGUAGCGACGAUGAGGAGGCUGGUCAAAGAGAGAAAGGUUCGGGUCGUUGCGGGUUAUAGCAUGGUUCUUGAAGGAACCAUAACUAGGAGGUUUUUGGCUGGGGAGAAGCUAAACCAGAGUGGUUGUGAAUUAAACGACGUCGUUCAUAGUCUUCAUAGAUGCCUGAGGUUAGACGAUUCGGAAGGCCCAUUAAAAUUGUGCUAA